AGCGAUGAAUACAGGCAGUCAACGACAACGGUUGGAUUCAAUGUUGAAACAAUACAGUACAAGAAUUUCAAGCUGACAAUGUGGGAUGUUGGUGGACGAACGGUGAUAAUUCAUCAAUGCAACGCAAUGACUGGUAUUGGUUUAUGGGAGGCAAUUGACGCACUCACGUCAAAACUUCUGUUGGCCCGAAAUCAAAAUGAAAUUUUGGAUAACCAGGAGCAGCAAGAAGGAAAUGGAGAGCUCGACUUAGAUGCAGAUAUGCAGACAAUGAACCCGUACUGCAUGUAA